AUGGACCCAUUGAUUGAAGACUCUGCCAAAGAUGCUGCUCGCUCCUUGAUGUGGGGUGCUUUGUUUUUAAUUCGGCAGGUGAAGUGUAUAGAUGUCAUCGAUGCAUAUAUUGACCGAAUAAAGGAAGUAAACCCAUUGAUCAAUGCAAUUGUCAAGGACCGAUUUGAGGCAGCUCGGCAAGAAGCUCUGGAAGUAGAUCACUGGCUCUCUAAGGAACAAGAAGAUGAAACAACACUAGAAAAGAAACGGCCCUUUUUGGGGGUCCCUUUGACUGUCAAGGAAGCCUUUGAGUUAAAUGGAAUGCCCAAUUCUUCUGGCCUGGUGAACCGGAAGGGCGUCAUCUCCACAACUGAUGCCGCAGUCGUGGCAUUGUUGAAGGAAGCUGGUGCUAUUCCCCUUGGAGUGACCAACUGCAGUGAGCUCUGCAUGUGGUACGAGUCCAGCAACAAGGUUUAUGGCAGAACCAACAAUCCAUAUGAUGUACGGCGCAUUGUGGGAGGGAGUUCCGGAGGUGAAGGCUGUGCUCUAGGAGCUGCUUGCUCAGUGAUCGGCGUGGGCUCGGAUAUUGGUGGCAGCAUCCGGAUGCCAGCUUUCUUUAAUGGUAUCUUUGGACAUAAGCCUUCAUCAGGAGUGGUCUCCAAUGCGGGGCAGUUUCCCGUGGCCAUGGGAGCCCAGGAAGAGUACCAGUGCACAGGACCCAUGUGUCGCUAUGCUGAGGACUUGGAGCCCAUGCUGAGAGUCAUGGCAGGACCUGGCAUCCAUAAGUUAAAGCUGGAUAAAAAGGUUCCGAUACACAAAAUAAAAUUCUAUUGGAUGGAACAUGACGGGGGCUCGAUUUUAGUGUCUCCAGUGGAACCAGAACUACUUCAGGUCCAGAAGAAGGUGGUGAGGCAUCUCGAGACUGUGCUGGGCGCCUCCGUGCAGCACGUCCAACUGCGACAGAUGAAAUACUCAUACCAGAUCUGGGUCACUGUGAUGUCGGCCAAGAACCAAGAUGGCAAGGAGGCGGUGAAGUUCCUGGAGCUGCUAGGAGAUCACGGAAAGCCUGUGUGGCCCCUCUGGGAACUGAUGAAGUGGUUCCUUGGGAUGUCAGCACACACCAUCCCUUCUAUUGGUCUGGGCCUGCUGGAAUCAGUUCUCAAACAUGACCGUCAAACCAAUACCAAGUUUGAAAAAUUACGGCAAACUCUUUGGUCAGACCUUGUAGACAUGCUGGGAAAUAACGGAGUCUUCUUAUACCCCUCCCAUCCUAAAGUGGCUCCCAAGCACCACUUCCCUCUGACAAGGCCUUUCAACUUUUCUUACACAGGUAUCUUCAAUGCCCUGGGCUUGCCUGUGACCCAGUGCCCACUUGGCCUGAACAGUAAGGGACUUCCUCUGGGUAUCCAGGUGGUGGCUGGCCCCUUCAAUGACCACCUGACUCUGGCCGUGGCUCAGUACCUGGAGAAGAGUUUUGGUGGCUGGGUCUGUCCUGGGAAGUCCUAGAGCGACCUUCCCGCAGUUCAGAUUUAAUCGAUUUGUGGGUAACAAAGAUUAGGAGGGACAACUACCGUUUAGUUUUAAAAACACCACGAUACGCUCUUAUGAGAUUAAUGGAUCAAAUCUAAUAAGUGGGUGAAAUAUAACAAUGACAAAUGUAAAGUUCCAUCCGGUUUCAUGAAUAAAUGACACAACACAAAAACAUGACUAUUCAUGUGAAAAAAGACUUAAGGGCUUUAAUGGACUGCAAUCAUCUUAGGCUGCAUUAAUAAAGGCACAUUGUUCAGGACAUGGAACUUGGGGAGACAUUGUAUUCCUUCUAGACUCCGUUCUGACCAAACACUCUGAAGGGCUCUGUUCCAUUUGGGCGCCACAUUUGGGGCAAGAUAUUAACAAGCCUACAUGUGAGAUGCAAGGAUGUAGAGACUACAUGACGCAAGAGCGACCGAAGCACCAGGGAACGUGUAACCUUGCCCGCAAUCUUGUGAUUCUAAGGUUCCUCUCAAUGUUCCGUUCCUUGGAAAGUCACUUUGCCACCUUUUU